GUCCCUUUGAGGUACAAGCCGGAAGAUGUUUGCCGGUGUGUGUGACUAGUAGAUAAAAGAAAGACAUCUCUUAGAAAUAUUCUGUAUAUACUGCGGAACAGUCAUAUUUACUGCACCUCAUUUCUCGAAGAUCCAAAGAUCCAAACACAAAAAAUGCCUUCCUCAACCCUCUCCCCAUAUAAACAAAUCCCCGAAACCAAAGAAGACUGUACGUCCAACCUCCUCCCUCCCCAAACCUCACACUAAAAUUACGCAGUGGACUGGGCCGAACUAGUAACCCUGGAUCUCAGCCUCUGGGACAAACCAGGCGGCAAAGAAAAACUCGCAGCCCAGCUCGAACACGCUUCUCAACACGUCGGUAUGUACAUUUGUUUCAUUUAGGUAAUAAUUACCUUACUUACUAAUAGACUUUAGGUUUAAACCUUAGUCUGUUCUCGCUUAUUCUAGAACGUUCGAUCACGUGAACCGAAACAUUCUAGUAUCCCUUUCUAUUUAUAAGCACUUCUAUUCUAUUUAUAAUCUAUAGAACCUCCUAGAAUCUAUAUAAGGAGUAUAUAUAGACCUUUACUGUCCUUAUAGUUAGAAAAAUCAAGUCAUUUUCACAAGUCAAAUUCUUACUCUUUUGAUUCCCGAUGUAUCUAACAGUCAUCUGACCAUCCUACUUCCACUGUCUUAUAUACACUCUGUAUAUAACCGAUACCUCUUACAACAUUAAAAUCUAGAAGCCUUUUAAAGAACGAGAAGCUUACAUCCCCACAGGAUUCUUCUACGUCACCAACUUCGGAAUCUCGCAAGAAGAAGUGGAUAGACAAUUUGCUCUUGGCCGGGAAUUUUAUAAACUUCCUUUGGAUGAGAAACUCAAGUUUUAUAGUCAGGAAGACUUGGAUAAUGGGGAGUACAAUGGGUCUUGACCUGCUGGUUUGCGUCAGUGAGUACAAUCUUAAUAUGUCGAGAUAAGUGAAGUGUGAAGGAAGGCUAACAGUAAUAGAUUGGGAGAGGGGAUUGUGGAUAAUAUCGAAGUGUAUAACAUUCCAAAAUUCGACGGGUUCCAUGCAAAAGCACACAAGCAACCAGCUGUGUUAAAAGAACAUCUCGAUGAGAUUGAAAAAUUCAGUCGUGCAAGUCUCUACCCCCUAAAUAAAACCACAAUAAGGCUAAUGCAAGGUCAGGAUAUCCACGAAAAGGUCGUUUUGAAACUCCUCCGCGUCCUCGCCACAGUCCUCGAGCUGCCUGAAGACCAGCUCCUUCAAGAUCACGCAUACAACGAUAACGGUGAAGACCAUCUCCGCUACAUGCACUACGCAGCUCGUUCUGCCGAGAAAAACAAAAAGAUUGGCGGUCUCUAUUCUCCAGGACAUACAGAUCUAGGUACCAUUACAAUAUUAUUCCGUCAACCAGUUGCCGGGUUGCAAAUCCUCAAUAACAAGGAGGAGUGGAAAUGGGCGAAGCCCAUGGAUGGAACGAUCACUGUGAAUAUCUGUGGUGCAUUGUCUGCACUUACAGGAGGCUACUUUAAGAGUAGUGUGCAUAGAGUUCAUGUUCCACCACAGGAUCAGGCACAUAUUGAUAGAUUGGGAGUUUUGUAUUUUGCUCGGCAAGUACCCCUCCCCUUCCCCUUUUUACAUAUACUAACCUUUUCAGACCAAACAACCACGUCUACCUCCACCCCAUAACCAACUCACCUGUCCUCCAACGGACUGAGAAAACCUCCAACCCUUUCACAACACUGGGAAAACGCAUGACGGUCGAGGAAUGGGUCAAAGUGCGUCAAACGCAACAGCAAAGAAGGAAGGUCCCUGUGAAGAUUACCGAGGAUGGGAAGUAUACCUAUCAUAAGAAGGACAUCGAGAUCUUGCCGGGGUUGACUGCUAUGGUUUAUAACUGA